AUGGUGUUUUUACCUUGGAUCACCAUCGCAAUUGGAGUCCUCACGGCAUACGUUGUGACUAAACUCUUUACUUUUAAGAAGCCCCCAGCGCCACUACCACCCGGUCCACCUCCCAAACCACUUAUUGGUAACCUGAAAGACCUGCCGCAAAAUGGAGAGAGGGACUGGGAGCAUUGGCUGAAACACAAAAAGCUUUAUGGGCCGAUUAGCUCCAUCACUGUGUUAGGUCAAACCUUUGUCAUUCUCAAUGAACCAAAGCUCGCAGUCGAGCUCUUCGAGCAGCGGUCCAAGUGGCAUUCGGAUAGGCCUAAGAUGUUCUUUGCGACCGAAAUGUCCGGAAUUGGAGGCAUCCUGGGAAUGAUCCCUUAUUCUGAUCGCUCCAAGGCAAUCCGCAAAGCCAUGAACAAGGAGAUUGGAUCGAAGGUAGCUGUUUCUCGUUUUAAUCGACUGCAGGAGGCUGAGACGCGUCGCUUUUUACUACGGGUUCUCGAGGCGCCGGAGGACCUGAGAAACCAUAUUCGGAAAGAAGCCGGUGCAGUUGUUCUUAAACUUGCGUACGGGUAUACUGCCGAGCCACACAAACAGGAUCCGUUGGUUGAUUUGGCAGACGUGUCUAUGUAUUACUUUUCGCUGGUUUGUCGCUAUGGAGCUUGGUUGGUGGAUGUUAUCCCCAGCUUGAGAUAUCUCCCGUCUUGGUUUCCGGGGACCGAGUUCAAACGCAUAGGCCAGAGGUCCAAAGAGGCUUUUGAUAACUUUGGUGGGAAGCCAUAUAAUUUCGUGAAGCAACAAAUGUCGCAAGGCACACACCAUCCAUCUUAUCUGUCAAGCAUUCUAGAAUCAGAAGAUAUUGAGCCUGGGUCAGAGAAGGAAUACGUGACAAAAUGGUCCGCAGCAUCGAUUUAUGCCGGUGGCGCUGACACGACAGUGUCCACAAUGGCAUGCUUCUUCCUUGCCAUGGCGCUGUAUCCUGAGGCUCAGAGAAAGGGUCAAGAGGAGAUUGAUCGUGUCGUCGGAAACAACCGUCUUCCUACCUUUUCCGACCGGGAUAAUCUGCCCUAUAUCAACGCCAUGGUGAAGGAAGUCCUCCGCUGGCACCCAGUCGUACCGACCAACUUGCCUCAUGUUUCGACCCACGAUGAUAUGUGUCAAGGAUAUUUUAUCCCGAGGGGCUCCAUAGUUCUUGCUAAUAUCUGGGGUUUCACACACGACCCAGACGUCUUCCAUGAUCCUAUGGCAUUCAAGCCGGAGCGCUAUCUGGGCGAGAACCCCGAGCCGGAUUCUCAUAGGCUCUCUUUCGGAUUCGGCCGUCGAAUCUGUCCCGGUCGCGUUAUGGCAGAUGCGGCCAUUUACCUCAAUAUUGCACAAUGCUUGGCGGCCUUCAACAUUACCAAGAAAGUCGUCGAUGGGAAGGAAGUCGAGCCCAGAGUAGAAUUUCAGGCCGCCCUUAUCAGUCAUCCGGAGCCGUAUGAUGUGAGCAUUAAGCCUCGGAGCGAGGUGCAUGAGGAGCUCAUUCGCGCGGUGGAAAUAGAAUAUCCUUGGGAGAAGAGCCAUGCGGAUGAGCUUGCUAAUAUCAAGGCAUAG